CGUGACAGUCAUCCUGGCGCAUCCGCCAGGACCGCUUGCAUUUCGGAAGUUAUCUUUCCAUCAUCGAAUGUUACAGAUCAUUAUCUCGCGCAAUAAACAUUCGCGCAAUAGUCAUAUCCGGCGCACGUAACUCGCGAAAAUCCUUAAAAUCCUUAAAAUCAGCGAUUUAACUAAUACUUCGUUACGCUUUUCGUCGCGGACAUCAAGUCUUCUUUAAUUCGAGCUCAUCUUGAAAUCAUUCGCGAUUAUAUACGGUAGAGACAAUUGAUUUCUCAAAUUCGCUCUGGUCUAUUUUAAACGUGCUCCAGUGGAAAUAUAUAGAGUGAACGUCGUAAACGCCGGUGACACGGUAUAAAAUAUGCACGGUUACCACGAAGAGUACAUGUAUGCGCGUGCCCUGCGCGUAUACUGCAUCAAGAAUGCGAGCCACAUGCAAAUUACAUUUAAGUACUCCCGGCAGAUUCUCCUAUCGCUCGUAAUAUCUAUUAUUUCCGCAUGGAUACAGAUCGUCGAUAUGGCAAGGCGGAUUAUCAAAUCUUCAUCACUUCCGAGAACAAAAGUUGUCUGUCCGUUAAAAGGUACAAAAAAUCAUUUCACCCAACAACGUGCUCGUCCGAGUGGACCAUAAAUCUCAUAAAAAUUGCUAACAUAGCAUGAUGAUACACAGACAGAAUAAAAUGAGGCAUAGCAGUUCCUGGCCCGAUCGAGCGCCGCAAAAAGUGAAGGUGCGCGUCGAUCCCUUAUCUCGUGCCUUUACUAUCAUCCCAACGAGCCGCGAAACAGUAUAUCGAUUGGAACAAACUGCGCCGCGGUCUAAUUGCCUGGAAGAAGUCAUCCUCCUAGAUCGAUGUGCCCCAGGAGGAGUCACAUCCGUGAUGAUAAAACGAAGAUUAAUCGAUGGAAGACUACCUAUAAAUAAGAAACCCGCGAAUUUCCCCGAGACCUCAUCCGACAUGAAUAACGAGACGAAGAGUAUGAAAAACUCCAACCAAUAUUUCAUGCCGCGCAGCCUUUCUUUAAUCGAGACAACUGCAACUAAUCAAAAUGCGGUCAUCGUGUUAGAAGAAAACGUCUUUCGAAAUCAAUCAAGAUGCAGAUCGGAUUACUCGCUUGUAAAGAUUGAUGAAGUAAGAACGCGAGAUAUGAGAAAGGACUUCAUUUCAAGCGCCACAUCGGAUACAAAUUUCCCAAAGUUGCUUUCGAAAGAGCUACACGCCGAGGAAAAAUUUGAAGAUGCAUCCGCGCAAAUAAAAAACAGAUCUCCUUCAUUACCGACAAACGCCUUUGAUGUUAUAGUAAAUAUUGCAAAUGAGAAAUGCCAUAUAGUAAACGACGCGCAAACAACUAAUUCGGAAACGCGAGAAACGGAUAAUGCGGGGAAAAAAUGUCAAACUAUCGUUUCGCCCAUAUCCUCAGCGAAAUACGCAUUAUCGCCACCGCAUAUCAAGGUGAUAGACUAUGACGAUUAUGUGACAUCCAUGUCAUUCUUAUCAAAGAAUGAUCGCCAUGCCUGUCCAAAGUGUACGUCAGAGGGUAUCCUUCACUCGCAGAUCGAUCCCUCUCGUUCUCCUUCGCAAAGCAAGAAAAACGAUGAUGGGGCAAUGGUGAACGCGCGCGGUGUUCGAUGCGAUGGUCUGAGGAUGCAAAAAAAGGAAACACGCACCGAGGAACAUCAAAAUAAAGAUAUCUGGCAAGGAAACCGCCAAAUUGGGGAAACAAGAAAUAUGAAUAAAGAUGGCAAAAAGCUGAAGCAAGAGAGAAAAAGUGACGAUCCGUCGCAGGCACGAUGUUUAGCGGAUUUCAGAAAGGAGGCUACUCUAAGAAGACAUUAUUAUCCCGAGGGAGGUUGGGGAUACGUCAUAGUCACGUGUUCAGUAUUGGUGCAUUUCAUCGGGGUGGGUCUGCAACUUGCCGCGCCCGGAUGUUGGUACAUCACGGCCGAGUUGAAAUUCCGGCAUCCCCCGCUGCAUAGUGCAGGAUGGCUAGGGGCAAUGUCGACGGGUGUCGCCCUGCUCGUGUCGCCGGUGACUAUCGCGUUUUGCCGAAGAAAAAGCACGAGAGUAACAGCAGUUCUAGGUGGACUUGUUACCGCUCUUGGCUGUCUCUUCACUUCCUUUGCCACGCAAUUUCACCAAUUGUUUUUCAGCUAUGGCACUGUGGUCGGGAUUGGGGUUGGAAUGACACGAGACUGCAGCACAUUGAUGGUGGCUCAGUAUUUCAAGAGAAAGAGAGAAUUAGUCGAAAUUUUUAUCGUCUCGGGAAGUGGUUUAGGUAUAGCAGUUAUGUCUGCUUUCAUAAAAGGAGCAAUUACUAAAAUCGGAUGGCGACUUGGUCUUCAAGCUGUCACGGGAGUGGUCUUUCUCACUUUUAUUCUCGGUACUUUUUAUCGUAGUGCUUCGUUAUAUCAUCCUCAACGAAGAGCAAUUUUACACUUGAAGAAUCAAAAACGCAAGAUAAAAGACAAGAACAAGGCUGAUGGUAGACCACCAUUUUUCGAUUUUAGUACUUUGAGAAGUAAAACAGUCAGAAUUCUUCUCGUAUCUACCGGUAUUUCGGCGUUCGGGAUCAAUACACCAAUAUUUUAUCUGGCGCAUCAAGUUGAAGAGGAAGGUCUUGGUGAUACAGUCGUUUUGCUGCAAGCUUAUUUGGGACUAGCUUGGACCCUUGGCUGCAUAGCUUUCGGGCUUCUGGUUGUUCAUCGCAACGUCGAAUGCAGGAUAGCCCGCCAAUAUCUCACGCAAGCAGCCGUCUUUGUAUGCGGACUCUGCAUUCUUGCUCUUACUGCCGUUCAAGGAAAUUAUCAUGGAUAUGUUAUGUUCGCUUGGAUUUACGGUAUCUUCUGUGGUGGUUAUCAUUACAGUUUGAAGAUGUAUACAUACGAGAGGGUGAGAGCACGUAAUUUUGCCAGAACGUGGGGUUUCGUCCAGUGCUCCCAAGCGAUACCAAUUGCAAUUGGAGUUCCAAUAUCAGGAUAUAUAAACGUGGGUUGCGGUGGUAAGGCUGGCUACUAUUUCAGUUCAACGUGUGUCUUGGUUGGCAGUUUUACGCUCUUUUUCAUCGAUUUGCAUAGAAGAAAUUUGUCUAGACAUAAACACAGAGCUAAUGGUACAAAACAUACAUGCGCUUCGAACAGCUGUCCUAAACGACGAAGGCCAUCGUUCAGUCAGGAACCCGAGAAUGAAGGACCUCAUGUAGCCGCUGCUGGAGCGGCUGGAGCAACGGCUGCCGCACUCGUUUUAGGAACCGACAUUGCUCCGGCACAAGGUGAAGCAAUAAACGCCUUAGGAACAGAUAAGCCGGAGCUCACAUGCAUCUCGGAGGAAGGUAUCGCUGACAUGGACUUACCCGACAAUUUAUUGGAGGAUUUCGAUUACAUAGGGGAUUGUAUAACUUCAUGCAAUAAGGUUGAGAAUUAUCUUAUGCUCUCAGAAUUCGAAAACAAUCUGAUUGCUGAGAUGCCGAUUAUUAUGGAUCGCCGUGGACGCAGAUGGUCUUUGGCACGAUCUAAAACAAAUCAGUCUAAUUGUGGUCAGACAAGUAGUAUGCAAUCGACAACUAAUGAGAAAGAAGUCAAAUCGAAGUGGCGUUUCACGAAUGUACCACCUGCCGCUAAUAGAAUGAUUACCGUUAUUGAUGAAACUAGUGCAUAAUUACGAGCACAAAUAAUGAAAGAUCAUUAACUCUAAACUUGGCAAAUUGGAAAAAUAACUAUAAACAAAGAAUAUGAAGAAGGCAUAAUGGAACAAUACGCGACAAAAUAUAAUUUUAGCAUAUUUUUAAAAUAAUUUUUUUAAGUACAAUAAGAAAUUGAACUUAAUGCGAUUAUAAAAUAAAAAAAUCAUGUGCUUACAAU